AUGUCUGGAAAUGAUAAGGAAAGUGAGAAGAAACCGGGAUGGUUUUGGAAGAAGAAAAAGAAAACGGAAGAGCGGAUGGAGGAAAGCCGGCGUUAUCCUUUGAUGGACAUGCGCCGAUUUUUGCUUCCGGUUAGGAAUGGUUCAGGUUCAAGCCAGGCAGGCUCCGUUGGCACCAACAGCAACGAUGGCGACGGCAACGUUCUCAACCUGGUAGACAAGCCGCCGGAGUCCAAACCCGUGAACCUAUCCGAAUCCGGCGAGACAUUCGACGGUUUGGACAAGGAGGGAAGGGUCAACGAGGUCGGCAUGAGCGGAAACGAAACGGAUCCACCGCCGACCGUGAAGAUCAACGAGUUUGGUGCCCGAUUUCCGGACGACAACGAUCGUGGCAACCGCAAAGGUCUCAAACACGCGGCCAAGCCGCUCGCAUCGGAUCCCGUGAUGGAUCGUGCUCUGUACACGGAGCAGGCCAUGAAGGCAAUCGACGGUUUGGACAAGGAAGGAAGGGUCAACGAGGUCGGCAUGAGCGGAAACGAAACGGCUCCACCGCCGACCGUGAAGAUCGAUGAGUUUGGUGCCCGAUUUCCGGACGACAACGAUCGUGGCAACCGCAAAGGUCUUGAUCACGCUGCCAAGCCGCUCGCAUCGGAUCCCGUGCUGGAUCGUAGUCAGGACAUGGAGCUGGCCAUCGCGGCAACUGACGUUUCGAACCAGCAAGGGUGGGCCAACGAGGUUGCCAUAACAGGGAAAGUCCAACCUGCUCCAGCUUUGCUCAUGGAGAUCGACGAGUUUGAGGUCCAAUUUCCGGACGACAACGAUCGUGGCGACCGCCAAGGGAGGGUCAACGAGGUCGUCAUGAGCGGAAACGAAACGACUCCACCGCCGACCGUGAAGAUCAACGAGUUUGGUGUCCGAUUUCCGGACGACAACGAUCGUGACAACCGCAAAGGUCUCAAACACGCGGCCAAGCCGCUCGCAUCGGAUCCCGUGAUGGAUCGUGCUCUGUACACGGAGCAGGCCAUGAAGGCAAUCGACGGUUUGGACAAGGAAGGAAGGGUCAACGAGGUCGGCAUGAGCGGAAACGAAACGGAUCCACCGCCGACCGUGAAGAUCAACGAGUUUGGUGUCCGAUUUCCGGACGACAACGAUCGUGACAACCGCAAAGGUCUCGAUCACGCUGCCAAGCCGCUCGCAUCGGAUCCCGUGCUGGAUCGUAGUCAGGACAUGGAGCUGGCCAUCGCGGCAACUGACGUUUCGAACCAGCAAGGGUGGGCCAACGAGGUUGCCAUAACAGGGAAAGUCCAACCUGCUCCAGCUUUGCUCAUGGAGAUCGACGAGUUUGAGGUCCAAUUUCCGGACGACAACGAUCGUGGCGACCGCCAAGGGAGGGUCAACGAGGUCGGCAUGAGCGGAAACGAAACGGCUCCACCGCCGACCGUGAAGAUCGAUGAGUUUGGUGCCCGAUUUCCGGACGACAACGAUCGUGGCAACCGCAAAGGUCUUGAUCACGCUGCCAAGCCGCUCGCAUCGGAUCCCGUGAUGGAUCGUGCUCUGUACACGGAGCAGGCCAUGAAGGCAAUCGACGGUUUGGACAAGGAAGGAAGGGUCAACGAGGUCGGCAUGAGCGAAAACGAACCGGCUUCACCGCCGACCGUGAAGAUCAACGAGUUUGGUGUCCGAUUUCCGGACGACAACGAUCGUGACAACCGCAAAGGUCUCAAACACGCGGCUAAGCCGCUCGCAUCGGAUCCCGUGAUGGAUCGUGCUCUGUACACGGAGCAGGCCAUGAAGGCAAUCGACGGUUUGGACAAGGAAGGAAGGGUCAACGAGGUCGGCAUGAGCGGAAACGAAACGGAUCCACCGCCGACCGUGAAGAUCAACGAGUUUGGUGCCCGAUUUCCGGACGACAACGAUCGUGGCAACCGCAAAGGUCUUGAUCACGCUGCCAAGCCGCUCGCAUCGGAUCCCGUGCUGGAUCGUAGUCAGGACAUGGAGCUGGCCAUCGCGGCAACUGACGUUUCGAACCAGCAAGGGUGGGCCAACGAGGUUGCCAUAACAGGGAAAGUCCAACCUGCUCCAGCUUUGCUCAUGGAGAUCGACGAGUUUGAGGUCCAAUUUCCGGACGACAACGAUCGUGGCGACCGCCAAGGGAGGGUCAACGAGGUCGGCAUGAGCGGAAACGAAACGGCUCCACCGCCGACCGUGAAGAUCGAUGAGUUUGGUGCCCGAUUUCCGGACGACAACGAUCGUGGCAACCGCAAAGGUCUUGAUCACGCUGCCAAGCCGCUCGCAUCGGAUCCCGUGAUGGAUCGUGCUCUGUACACGGAGCAGGCCAUGAAGGCAAUCGACGGUUUGGACAAGGAAGGAAGGGUCAACGAGGUCGGCAUGAACGAAAACGAACCGGCUUCACCGCCGACCGUGAAGAUCAACGAGUUUGGUGUCCGAUUUCCGGACGACAACGAUCGUGACAACCGCAAAGGUCUCAAACACGCGGCUAAGCCGCUCGCAUCGGAUCCCGUGAUGGAUCGUGCUCUGUACACGGAGCAGGCCAUGAAGGCAAUCGACGGUUUGGACAAGGAAGGAAGGGUCAACGAGGUCGGCAUGAGCGGAAACGAAACGGAUCCACCGCCGACCGUGAAGAUCAACGAGUUUGGUGCCCGAUUUCCGGACGACAACGAUCGUGGCAACCGCAAAGGUCUUGAUCACGCUGCCAAGCCGCUCGCAUCGGAUCCCGUGCUGGAUCGUAGUCAGGACAUGGAGCUGGCCAUCGCGGCAACUGACGUUUCGAACCAGCAAGGGUGGGCCAACGAGGUUGCCAUAACAGGGAAAGUCCAACCUGCUCCAGCUUUGCUCAUGGAGAUCGACGAGUUUGAGGUCCAAUUUCCGGACGACAACGAUCGUGGCGACCGCCAAGGGAGGGUCAACGAGGUCGGCAUGAGCGGAAACGAAACGGCUCCACCGCCGACCGUGAAGAUCGAUGAGUUUGGUGCCCGAUUUCCGGACGACAACGAUCGUGGCAACCGCAAAGGUCUUGAACACGCUGCCAAGCCGCUCGCAUCGGAUCCCAUGAUGGAUCGUGCUCUGUACACGGAGCAGGCCAUGAAGGCAAUCGACGGUUUGGACAAGGAAGGAAGGGUCAACGAGGUCGGCAUGAGCGGAAACGAAACGGAUCCACCGCCGACCGUGAAGAUCAACGAGUUUGGUGCCCGAUUUCCGGACGACAACGAUCGUGGCAACCGCAAAGGUCUUGAUCACGCUGCCAAGCCGCUCGCAUCGGAUCCCGUGAUGGAUCGUGCUCUGUACACGGAGCAGGCCAUGAAGGCAAUCGACGGUUUGGACAAGGAAGGAAGGGUCAACGAGGUCGGCAUGAGCGGAAACGAAACGGAUCCACCGCCGACCGUGAAGAUCAACGAGUUUGGUGUCCGAUUUCCGGACGACAACGAUCGUGACAACCGCAAAGGUCUUGAUCACGCUGCCAAGCCGCUCGCAUCGGAUCCCGUGAUGGAUCGUGCUCUGUACACGGAGCAGGCCAUGAAGGCAAUCGACGGUUUGGACAAGGAAGGAAGGGUCAACGAGGUCGGCAUGAGCGGAAACGAAACGGAUCCACCGCCGACCGUGAAGAUCAACGAGUUUGGUGUCCGAUUUCCGGACGACAACGAUCGUGACAACCGCAAAGGUCUCGAUCACGCUGCCAAGCCGCUCGCAUCGGAUCCCGUGCUGGAUCGUAGUCAGGACAUGGAGCUGGCCAUCGCGGCAACUGACGUUUCGAACCAGCAAGGGUGGGCCAACGCGGACGACAUGCAAGGUGAACAUUAUUAUUUUCUAAAACUAUUUCGAACAAUAUUGAUCCCUUAUUGAAGUUAAAGAUUAAAAAUAAUCAGUUGUACGGCCGUUAUAGAUUGAUGUAAGGAUAUCUCUAGAAAGCAAGUUAAACUAAACUAAAAUUAACUUGUUUUUGGUACAGUUUUUAUAACGUUAAAUUGAUUUUUUUUCAAUUUUAGAAGUUUUUUUUA